AGUUUCAACCAUAUGCACAAAGUGUUCAGAGAAACAGUGAAGAUGUUCCUCUUCUCUUUUUUAGAGACGAUAAAAUAAAGGGACUGCAUAAUUUAGAAUUUGGAGACAAACGGAAGGAUUUAGGAGAUAACCUCGUCACCUUAGCUUCGUGCUCUUUGUGUUUUUGUUAGGUAGCCUAACUUCCCUUCUCAUUGGAUAUGCAUCGGACCCAUCUGUAGCACUCUAUGGUGCCCUUAACUGCGCCUCGAGUUUAUGGACCCCCGCUCAAUGAUGACUAUGAGUUCAUUGUCGGACAGUCUGGUUUCUUCCGAUCCCUCAAAAUCGGCCUUUCUGGAGUUCGGACACGGCUAUCCCGGCCACCAGCAGCAUCCCCCCGGUUUAUCCCACAACAUCUAUCCAGUGCACGGCUUGCAUCCCGUCGGACCCUCGCAGCACGACAGCUCCUUUUCUUCCAGCGCGUCAUCCUAUGGCCGCACGCUAGCCUACCCCUACCACAGCACUGUAAGCGCACACCACCCAAGUGCCUACCUGCCAUACCAGCACAGUAGCCACAACAACGGUCUGGGACGCACGAGAAUAGAGGAAACAGAGCUUGAGAAGCCAACCACGGUGAUCGAGAACGGAGAAAUUAGACUGAACGGAAAAGGGAAGAAGAUCCGAAAACCUCGGACCAUCUACUCAAGCUUACAACUGCAAGCGCUCAACCAGAGAUUCCAGCAAACCCAAUACCUUGCACUACCUGAGAGAGCCGAUCUGGCAGCAAAAUUGGGACUAACUCAAACGCAGGAAGAAAGCCGUUACAGAAUCACCCACCACAACAGGACCAAGCGACGUGGUGACAGGCAGCGGCAGCAGGAGCAGCGCAAGGAGGAAUGGACAUGGGAUGUUGUGUUGGAUGGCAAGGGUUGCUACACUUGGGAGGAGAUCCUGGCGGGAAAGGAUCGCCUCCCAUGGGUACAGGUGGAGGCAGCUAGGAGAGCAGAGGCAGCCGGAGAGAGGAGCCGGCGAUACGAGGGAACACGGCUGGCAAGGAAGCCCGAGAGUCAGCCCCAAAAAAUUAUUUGGCGGGGCACACAGGAAGUAUGGCGAAGCCAGAUAGGAGACCUGCGGCAACUUCCUGUGCUUACCGGGGGGCUAGAGAGACCGGGCAGGCACCGUGUUAUGCUGUGGAGCGCACGGUGUCCCCAGUGCGGGUGCAUAGCCCGGUGCGGUACAUACCAGCACCUCGUAUCGGCCAGGAUAGAGUGGGCAUCGAGCCAGGUGCCAUGAAGCCGGCUCUACGCAUCUGGUCUCCAGUGCGUCUCCUUGGGCCGGCGUACAUGGCACCAGCCUUACGCAUGGUGUCUCCGGAUCGCCUCUGCACAGCCCAGUGCGGGCUAUUCCACCUCGCCGCACUGGCAGGGCAACCGGGAGCAUUCAACCAGGUAAGGUUGGGCAGGCUCGGUGUUCAAGAGCUCCAGUGCGCCUGCACGGUCCGGUCUAUCCAGUACCACCUCCACGCACCAGCCCUCCGGUGGCAGCUCCCCGCACCAGGCUUCCUGUGCGUGUCCUUGGCCCAGUACCACCAGUGCCGACACCACGUACCAGGCCUGCAUGUGCGCCUCGCCUGUCCAGCGCUGUCAGAGCCUUCCUCCUCUCCAGCGUCGCCUGAGCUGCCCAUCUGUCAUGAGCCGCCAGAGUCUCCCGUCUGUCAUGAACCGCCAGAGUCUCCCGACUGUCAUGAGCCGCCAGAGUCUCCCGUCUGUCAUGAGCCGCCAGAGCUGCCAGUCUGCAAGGAGCCGCCAGAGCUGCCAGUCAGCAUGGAGCAGCCAGAGCCGCCAGUCAGCAUGAAGCAGCCAGAGCCGCCAGUCAGCAUGGAGCAGCCAGAGCCGACAGUCAGCCAGGAUCUGCCAGAGCCGCCAGUCAGCCAGGAUCCUCCAGAGCCGCCAGUCAGCCAGGAUCUUCCAGAGCUGCCAGUCAGCCAGGAUCUUCCAGAGCCGCCAGUCAGCCAGGAUCUUCCAGAGCCGCCAGUCAGCCAGGAUCUUCCAGAGCCGCCAGUCAGCCAGGAGCCACCAGUCAGCCAGGAUCCGCCAGAGCCGCCAGUCAGCCAGGAUCCGCCAGAGCCGCCAUUCAGCCAGGAUCCGCCAGAGGCGCCAUUCAGCCAGGAUCCGCCAGAGCCGCCAUUCAGCCAGGAUCUGCCAGAGCCAUCAACCUGCCUGAGCUAUCUCUUAGUCCUGGGCUACCUAUCAGUCCUGAGCUACCCCUCAGUCUUGAGCUACCCCUCAGUCUUGAGCUACCCCUCAGUCCCGAGCUACCCCUCAGUCCCGAGCUACCCCUCAGUCCCAAGCUACCUCAGUCCCGAGCUAGCUGUCCCUCAGUCCAGAGCUGCCCCUCAGUCCAGUGGGGCCCUUUGUUAAGGUUACUAGGCCAAGGUCGGCGGUGAGGGUCGCCACUGAAGGGACGCUAAGUAAGCGGACUAAGACUGUGUUGGAGUGGGGUCCACGUCCCGCGCCAGAGCCGCCACCGUGGACCGACGCCCACCCAGACCCACCCCUAUGGGCCGGGAGUCCGCACCUUUGGGGGGGGGGUACUGUCACGCCCUGGCCUUAGUAUUCUGUGUUUUCUUUAUUAUGUUGGUUAGGCCAGGUUGUGACAUGGGUGAUUUAUGUGUCUUGUUUUGUCUAGGGGUUUUGUAGUCUAUGGGGUUGUGUUCAGUUGAGUGUUCUAGGUAAGUCUAUGGUUGCCUGGAGUGGUUCUCAAUCAGAGGCAGGUGUUUAUCGUUGUCUCUGAUUGGGAACCAUAUUUAGGCAGCCAUAUUCUUUAGGUAUCUUGUGGGUGACUGUUCCUGUCUCUGUGUUUUGCACCAGUUAGGACUGUUUCGUUUUUUCCACAUUUUCUUAUUUUGUAUAGUGUUCACGUUUUCAUCUUUCAUUAAAUAUGUUUAUAAAUAACCACGCUGCAUUUUGGUCCUCCUCUCCUUCCCAGGAAGAAAGCCAUUACAGUUCCAAACGUAUUCAAUUUAAGAAUGAUGGUGGCCACUGUGUUCUUGGGAACCUUCAAUGCUGCAGACAUUUUUUGGUACCCUUCCCCAGAUCUGUGACUUGACACAAUCCUGUCUCGGGGCUCUACGGACAAUUCCAUCGACCUCAUGACUUGGUUUUUGCUCUGACAUGAACUGUUACCUGUCGGCCUUAUAUAGACAGGUGUGUGCCUUUCCAAAUCAUGUCCAAACAAUAGAAUUUACCACAGGUGGACUCCAAUCAUGUUGUAGAAACUUCUCAAGCAUGAUCAAUGGAAACAGGAUGCACCUGAGCUCAAUUUCGAGUCUCAUAGCAAAGGGUCUGAAUACUUAUAUAUUUAUGUAAAUGUAAUAUUUUUUGCAAAAAAUGUAUAAAAACAUGUUUUUUAUUUGUCA